CGGGUUGCUGGGGUGCCUUUUAGCAGCGUGGGUAUCCUACCUAUGAAACCUUUAGCGUAUACGAACCUUAGAGUUUAUCUGAGCUUGGAGGAGCGGAUGUUUUAGCUUGGUGCACGGAAUCAUGUCAGACUCUGGUCACAGUCAACCCAGUAUGUAUGUACCUGGAAGGAGGCGACGUCGCUGGAUGGAUCAGGGACCUCCAGGAAAUCUUAAUCUGUCAGAGCCUGGGCGUGAAAGAGACACCAUGCUUCGUGACCGUGAUCAGGACAGAUGGGAGGGGAAUGAUGAUAACUGUGGCUACACAAUGCAGAAAACACCAAUCAUUCUGGCCAAGCCGAAUUCUGAUAGGGCAAAAACAGCCCCUGUCUCAAAUCCUGCUCCUAUGGAAAAACCAAUUGUCCUGAUGAAGGCUAGAGAAGAGGGUAAACCUGCCUCCCCUGCAGAGGGAUCAACUGUCCAAGCCUCUGCUGCUGCAGUAAAGGUGGAGAAGGAAGGACAGAGACCAACUCAACCAGUGUAUCAAAUCCAGAACAGAGGCAUGGGUGCAGCAGCAAGUGGUGGGGGCACUGUGGAUCGUAAGUCCUACAGGAAUGACAGAACAGGGUUCUCUAAUUCUGAUCUGCAAGGGCAGCAAUCAGCUGUGGUCGGACAGGCAAAGUUGCUGCCCCCUCAGAAAAUGAAGCACAGCAUCAAAUUAGUUGACGAAUAUAUGAAUUGGUGUGACAGUGCCAUUGAGUACCUGUUGGAUCAGACAGAUGUCCUUGUGGUUGGUGUCCUUGGAUUACAGGGAACUGGAAAGUCUACACUGAUGUCUCUUCUAUCUGCCAAUUCUCUAGAUGAUGACCAUAGGUCAUUUGUAUUCAGGAUGCAGAGCCAAGAAGUAAGGGAGAGGGCUGGGAACCAGACAAGUGGUAUUGAUUUUUUCAUCAGCCAGGAGAGAAUUAUCUUCCUUGACACCCAGCCAAUGCUUAGCCCUGCAAUUUUGGAUCAUUUAAUAAAUAAUGACAGAAAGCUGCCUCCCGAGUAUAAUCUUCCACACACUUAUGUGGAAAUGCAGUCUCUGCAAAUAGCUGCCUUCCUAUUUACAGUAUGUCAUGUAGUCAUCAUUGUCCAGGACUGGUUCACUGACUUUAACUUGUACCGGUUUCUUCAAACAGCUGAAAUGUUAAAGCCUUCUACACCAUCUCCCAGCCAUGACUCUAGUGGUUCUUCAGGAUCUGAUGAGGGCAUUGAAUAUUAUCCACAUUUAGUUUUCCUUCAGAAUAAAGCAAAACGUGAAGAUUUCUGUCCACGUAAUCUGAAGCAGAUGCACACUGUCAUUGACAAGCUUAUGCUGCAUUCGCACCUGAGAUACAAAGGCACCCUCUCUAUGUUGGAUUGUAACAUAUUCCCAGGGCUGCCAUAUGAUUUUCUUGAAUCUGAGGUGAAUUUGUUUCUCAUCCCAACCAUGGAAAGCGACAGCGAUGAGACCAUCUCUAGGGCAGGUUCAGGUGGAAUUCCACUUUUCUCCCUACUCCCUGGCUACAAAGGACAUCCCAGUUUUCAGUCCCUCAUAAGCAGACUCAGAAGCCAAAUCAUGUCUAUGUCAAGACCCCAGUUAUCACAUACUAUUCUGACUGAAAAGAACUGGUUUCAUUAUGCUGCACGAAUAUGGGAUGGAGUGAAGAAGUCAUCUGCACUAUCUGAGUACAGCAGAUUAUUGGGCUAAUGACUGGUAACUGGUUACAUGUGAAUAUUGCUGUGCUCAUCAAAUACAUCAAACCAGAUCACCCCCAGGAAGCAAGUCAUAAAGGAUGCAGAUCAGAUGGCUUAUUUGGAAAUUAUAUAUUUCUAAAUCAGUUUGGGCAUCAGUUAGUCUCAUCGGCAAUGUCCUGUACUCAUGGUUUGUCAUCUGCUAAAGCUCAUUUAUAACACAGAAUGCAAGAUUUAUAAAUAACAGUGUGAGUACUGAAGAAGAGAUUAUUUGAUGAUAUGAAACUGCGGAAUGUUGACCAAAAUGUGAUAUUGCCACUGCUGCAAUCAUUGACUAUGGAGAAUGGUUACUAAAAGUUGUUUGAUUAAAUGGCAUACAAGGCUAUUCAAUUCUCAUAAGACAGAGGAUAGAUUUUAGUUGGGUAUAUAAAUAUGUGGCAACAUUUCUUUAUCUGGUGUGUAUGUAAAUUCUUUGUUAGAACCUACUUUUCCUCAAUGGUAAACUGGCCAGACAGGACGUUUUUGUUGAAAUUGUGAUAUCUCAAAUCCACCAAUUUGUAUCGGUGUACAAAGAAGUGAUUAUUGAGAAAGGGACAGGUGCCCUGAAAUGUUGUUCUUCCUAAUAAAGGUAUAGCCUUCA